CAGAGCUACUGUUGUUGUCCCAGGCCAAGGUACGGCUCAUCAGCCAGCUUUGGCAGUCAGAACCAGCUAACAAGCAGUCUUUCUGUAUCCACUCAUGAACUAAACCACACACCGUCCGAUAGUCCACCCAUAGAUGUCCUACUCAGAUAGUUUUCUAUGAAACACACACCGUCUGAUAGUCCAUAGAUGUCCUACUCAGAUAGUUUUCUGUGAAAAACACAUUUUAGGUAGAAAACAAAAAGGCCUAGGUUGUCAAUAUGUUCUGUGUUCCAAGUCAAGUGACUAGUCAAUAGGUGACCUUUACCCCUUCACCUGGCAACAACCACAAUCUCACCUUUUGAACUUACUCCUGAUCGACCAAGGGGAUUAGGUUAGUGUGUUUUGGUUGGUCAGAUCCUCCCUGAAUUGAGAGGGAGGAUAAAUGUCACCCUUAAGCACAGAUCUAGGAUCAGCUUCCCCAAAUCCUUAACCAUAAAGGGCUGGAGGUAAAACUGACCUAAGAUCAGUGUGUAGGGAAAAGCUGGUGUUGCUACAGCAGUAAACAUGGAUCAGUACAACACUAGGCCCUGUUACAGUGUGAGGAACCAGGCACGUGGGGAGUGAGGCCCAGGGUUCGCAGGACUUCUCCCUAGAGACUGACACCUAUUUCUGGGAUAGAAUCAACCUCGGCCUACCCUUGUUGGCCCUUUGUGUGGUUCUAUGUUGUGGGGAUCACUGAGAGUUGUGGUUAAAAUAGUUUGGAACUUGGUAUUGGAUUAAAGCGUCCUGUAAAAUAUCAUAUGACCGUUGUAACUCAACUCCUACAAUGUUUUCUAUCUCCCUACACCCUCUCUCUGUCUCUCUCCAGUCUGUCCAAUGGGCAGUGGUGCCAGUAGACUCUACAGCUCCCUAGUCAACAACAGCACCACUACCACCCCGCUGGCCCAUCACCAGGACCCCCAGCACUCCUCCUCCUCACAGGGGUGUCACUCUCCCGCGGACCCCCUGGAGCUGCUGAGGGAGUGUGAGGAGGCUCUACGGGACAGGCCUCCUCGCCUCCUCAGAGCCUUCAUCUCCCCCGGGGAGGGAGAGGUGGACAGGGAGGAAGUGGACAACAGUGCCACCCAGAGGACCAUCAGGGUUAUGCAGUGGAACAUACUGGCUCAAGCUCUAGGUGAAGGGAUGGACAGUUUCGUCAACUGUCCCCUGGAAGCCCUGAACUGGGCUGAGCGUAAAUACCUCAUCCUAGAAGAGAUCCUCACCUACCGACCUCACAUCCUGUGUCUACAGGAAGUGGACCACUACUACGACACCUUCCAGCCAAUCCUGGCCGGCCUGGGUUACCGCGGCAACUUCUGCCCCAAGCCCUGGUCUCCAUGUUUGGAUGUGGAGGGCAACAACGGACCGGAUGGCUGUGCUCUGUUCUAUGAUGAAGCCCGGUUUGACUUGGUGGAUAGUGUGAAUGUCCGGCUGUGUGCCGUUUUAAUACCCACCAACCAGGUGGCGGUCGUCACGACGCUGCGGUGCAGGGUGACAGGCCGGCGGCUGUGUGUUGCCGUGACGCACCUCAAAGCCCGGAGCGGCUGGGAAUGUCUCCGUAGUGCCCAGGGUUCCGACCUUCUCCGGAACCUCACCACCCUCACCCAAUCACCAGGGGGUCCUUCGGGUCCCACAGGCAUCGCCCCAGACACCCCUCUCCUUGUCUGCGGGGACUUCAACGCUGUGCCUUCCGAGGACGUCUACCAACGUUUCGCCUCGUCACCGUUGAUCCUUGACUCGGCCUAUAAACGGUUAAGCCGGGACGGGCUUUCGGAACCGGCCUACACCACGUGGAAGAUCCGGCCGACGGGAGAAUGUUGUACCACGUUGGAUUAUAUCUGGUACUCUAGAGAAGCGUUCAGCGUGGACGCUGUGUUGGAUAUGCCUACAGAGGAACAGAUUGGCCCUAACAGGCUUCCGUCGUACAACUACCCCUCCGAUCACCUCUCGCUGGUGUGUGACUUCAGCUUUAAAAAGCAGGAGGAGGAUCACAUGGACACUUUUGAUUGACAAUUCAAUGGAUGGAGUGACGGAACGAGGGAACAGAAGCACCAUUAUCCCUCCGAGUCCAUCUCUCUGGGGUAUGAUGACUGGAGAACAGGAGGGAGGAGACUAUCCGCUUGGUGUGAGCUUACUUUUCAUGGACUAAAACACUCUGAAUGAAGGAGAGACUGAGAGGAAUAGACUGCUGAAACUAGGCUCUAUGGUGCCUGUCUACAUUAGAGGUGUUGUUGUACCUCUGACACUGAGGAUUGCACCCUGCCUGCUGUUUGUACUAUUCAACUCAACUUGUCCUCGGCAGCGACGCUCCCCGUCCAACCUGACAGAGCUUGAGAGGAUCUGCAGAGAAGAAACUCCCCAAAUAGGUGUGCCAAGCUUGUAGCGUCAUACUCAAGGCUGUAAUCGCUGCCAAAGGUACUUCAACGAAGUAAAGGGUCUGAAUACUUAUGGAAUUAUGUAAUAAAUUUGCAAACAUGCCUUAACCUGUUUUUGCUUUGUCAUUACAGGGUAUUGUGUGUAGAUUGAUGAAAGAAAAGUAAUAUAUUUUAGAAUAAUGUAACGGUGCCUGAAUAAACGUGGGUAUAUGUCCUUUUCUGGUCUAAUACUGGUCAGGUGUGUCAUUAAUGCCUACUGAUACUUGUACCAGGGCCAUGUUCAGUAAGAAAACGUUAUUGAACGCUGCAGAUAGAAAUACCACUAAAUAGAGCCAACGUGAUUCCUUAUUGUAUUAGUCAGAGAUGCACGUUUGUUCUACAUAGCAUAUUUCUAUCUGAACGUACCCCUGGUCAGCUGGGGGUCAGCGUACCACCACGGUACAUUGAAUUUGUAAUAUAAAAGAUAUCUAGAUAUAUUUUAUCCAAAGCGAACUUACAGUAGUGUGUCUAUACAUUGUAUGUGUGUGGCCCCAGCGGGAAACUCAUGUACUACCAACUGACCUACACGCAGACUGUUAUUUCCUGUCCAUGAGCAUCAGUCCCAGGAUAACAUGCAGGACAGUAGUUUUAUAUUCAAGCUGUCAGCCUUUGUGCAAUAAAAUAAUCUGCCAUUC